CAUCGAUCAUUUUCCUUUUGUGUACGUCUGUUUGGUGACUCUCUCCGUGACUGUUUCUCGAAAACGAAAAAAAAGUGACGAAAAUGCGAAAAAUAUACACAUAAUUAUCAUAAUAGAAUCGCUACGGAGGAAUAUUCAUAUUUUUUCCGUAUCCACAUUGGAAAAGCGUUGUGCCAUUGGACGGAAUUUCCCCGCUACUGAAGGAAUAAGUUUUGGAAGGUGGAAAUAAGCUGAGCAUUCCGAGUGCAAUCGGAAGCGGCCGCGAUGGAUCAAGAGAAACUCUUCACCAGCGUGGAGGAGGAAUGCUUGUACUGGAAGGAGCGAUGCUUGAAGAUCGGCCAGGAGCGCAAUGACGUCCAGAGGGAGUUUGACGAUUUCACGGAGGAGUCCCGGCAGCUGGAAGCGGAGCUGGAAAUGACCGUCGAGCAGCAGGAGAAAAAGAUUCGGGAUCUUAACCAGCUGGUAAGUCAGCUUCGAGUGGAGUGUGAGUCAUACAAGCGGAAGAUGACCAACAGUGAGAAUGAAUCGAACAAGAUCGACGCAGACUAUAAACAGUUGGUCAAGGAGAACGAAAAGUUCAAGGUUUAUAUCCGCGAACUAGAGCAAAAGAAUGAUGAUUUAGAACGAGCCAAUCGGGUGGCAAGUGAGAGCGUUGCCGAGUUUGAAUCGAUGCUGAAUCAGGCUUAUGAAAAGAAUGCUCUCUUGGAACUGGAGGUUGAUGAAAAAGAACGCAUGCAAAUCAAGUUGCAACGACUUAUGGACGAGGCUCGAGAUUUGAAACAGGAGCUAAAAGUUAGACAUGUUCCCAAGAGCGAAGAAGAUGGCGAAGUUAACGAUGCCCAGACAGAAAGAACAACAGAAGAAAAACCGCAAGAGAAUUCUACUACUGAGCUUAGAUCCGACUUGAAUACCACCGCAAAUGUCUGCCUCGGCAGCAGUAAGCUUGAAAACAUCAACAAUAACAUCAUAGGCAAAAAGACAGAUCCUAAUGUAGUUGCCCUUGUUAAAUCGGCCAGCAAACUUGACCUGGAAUCCAAUCUAGGAAGUAUGGAAAAUUCCGUGAACCAAACAGAAGAUAGCACACUGCAGCAAAAGUUGAUUAUAGAACGCAAUGGCAACAUCAAUAGCAGCUCGGCACUGGUUUCGAGCGUCCUGAACGCCCCAAUGGCCCCCAGCGACCGAGUUUCCACUCUCAGCAUUGUGGCAGAUCUUCUCCGACGGUUAGACAACAUGGAAGCCAAACUGAAGGCUUGGAAAAUUCGCAAACCCUCAUCUCGGACGAAUCUAGCCUCGAGUGGAACCCAUCGACAUAGCCACAGUCAGUUGAAUAAUCACAGUUUGCACCAUUCCCACCAACACCAACUCGGUAUAUCAGCAGCAGCAGCGACGGGUGGUGGAUUGACCGGAUCUGGCGUCCCGGCCGACAGUAGUGUAUCGUUGAAUUCCCUGGGUAGCGGUGAUAGCUGUUGCAACGUGCAGCUGCACUCGUAUCAACCCGGUAUGGCCACCAUCGGAACGCAAACCUCCUCUCAACAGCAGCAGCAAAUUCCACCACCACAAACGAAAACAGAGCUAAGGGCUAACAAAUAAGCUAACAAGAACCAACCUCCCACACUCUUUUACUCUUAUGCGUACAUUUACUGUUUUUUUUUUCUUUUUUAAUUAAAUUAUUUAAUUUAAUGGGUAUUAUUUUACGGCAAAUUCUUCAGCGUGUAUUUGUACAUAGGCAUGCCGGAGGAAGGGCACACGGAGAAAGACGAUAGUUUGCAACGUAAAAACAAUUGCAUACAGAUAUUUUUUAAAAAGAUUUAUCAUGCUUUUUUUGGAAACGUUGAUCGAAUUCAAAAAGUACGUCUGUUCAAAUUGACCGUUUUAACUCGAUAAGUAGCAAUGUUCUUCGUUAAGAAUGAAUAAAUAUUUGUAAAAUUAUAAAUUAAAUUUUCUAGGAUUAGCCUUAUUCUAUAUUUUUCGGAAGACUUUAAACGAAUCAACUGUCAUGAGUAUAAACACGAAUGAAUAUAACAAUUGCACUUCUUCAAGAGUGUUCGCUUAAUAUGCUGUCACAUUAUUCUGACAAAGAAAAUUGCUAAUAAACAUGUAAAGGGAAACCAUAGCAUUCUCUCGCUUUCAGUUGCAGCAUCUCUGAGAAUUAAAAAAAAAGAAAAGUAAUACCCUUGUAACUCUGCCGAGUGCAAAGAAAGGAAUCCAAAAUAUAAAUAAUAAAACACAUAGCGACAAAGUACUAGAUUGUCUUGUUUUCUAUUACACGCAGUACUAAUCGUGUGAUACAUUGAAUCUAAAAAUCGAGCUAUAAUUGUAAAUCAGUCGACAAAGCUAGCUGAUAUGCCUGAUAAACGACAGUGUACCCCGAGAAGAAAUGUUGAAUAAAAAUAUUUAUCGGAAGAACAGUCUAACUAGUA